AACAUUAAAAACGUAAAUGGCGACAUUACGGCUCACUUGAUGGCGAAAUCAACUAAAAUAAUUAUCACGCUAGCCGUGUUAUAAAUCCUCGUCUUUCGUUAUUAAAAGAUGGCGUACAGCAGGAGAGGUAAAACUCAAUCAAAAAAAAAGUAGUGUAUAUUAUUAAGAGUCAAAAUUGGUAUCUGAAAAUGUCUUUAAAUCAUAUUAGCCUUGAAUAAAUGUCGAAAAUGUCAAAUUUGAUGCGACCAGUAGGCACUGCAAGCCCAAACGCAAUAAAGGGAGAUGUUCCUAUGAACAUAGUUUCUGCAACAAUGAAUAUUUCUUCUAAUCCAGAUCUAGCAAGUUUGUUUGAAUGUCCUGUUUGCUUUGACUAUGUUCUGCCUCCAAUAUUUCAAUGUAGUAGUGGUCAUCUUUUAUGUUCAAAUUGUCGCCCUAAAUUAACAAUAUGCCCGAGUUGUCGUGGACCUCUUGGAAGCAUUAGAAAUUUAGCUAUGGAAAAAGUAGCUAAUACAGUACUUUUUCCAUGUCGUUACUCAUCUUCUGGGUGUAAUGUCACUUUACCCCACACAGCAAAAAUUGAACAUGAGGAUUCUUGUGAGUGUCGACCAUAUGUUUGCCCUUGUCCAGGUGCAUCCUGUAAAUGGUCAGGAACAUUAGAUGGAGUAAUGCCUCACCUAAUGGUAUCUCAUAAGUCUAUUACUACUCUACAAGGUGAAGAUAUAGUAUUUUUAGCUACAGACAUAAAUUUACCAGGCGCUGUUGAUUGGGUAAUGAUGCAAUCGUGUUUUGGACAACAUUUCAUGCUCGUGCUUGAAAAACAGGAAAAGUUUGAGGGACAUCAACAAUUUUUUGCUGUUGUCCAAUUAAUUGGUUCUAGAAAACAAGCAGAAAAUUUCGCUUAUCGAUUAGAGUUAAAUGGACAACGUCGCAGACUAGCUUGGGAAGCUACACCUCGUAGUAUACAUGAUGGUAUCUCUGCUGCAAUAUCAAAUAGCGAUUGCUUAGUAUUUGAUACCAGCAUUGCGCAGUUGUUUGCAGAUAAUGGAAACUUGGGAAUAAAUGUUACAAUAUCUCUUUGUUGAUUUAUAAGUAAAUAAAGUUUUUUCCUAAGAUAAAUUAUAUUCUUUUGAUUUUAUCUUUGUUAAAGGUUCGAAAUAGUUCUGUAUUGGUCAGGGAAAUAAAGCAAGGAAAAAUAUUAUGUGUGAA